AUGUCUGAGGAGAAUGUCGCCUGGCCUCUGGCCGACGCCGCCCUGACCCAGGAGAUUCUCGACCUCCUGCAGUCGGCGACGCACAUCCGCCAGUCCAAGAAGGGCGCCAACGAGGUGACCAAGGCGCUGAACCGCGGCACCUGCGAGAUUGCCAUCCUGGCCGCUGACACGGAGCCCCUCGCGAUCCUGCUGCACAUCCCGCUACUGUGCGAGGACAAGGGCACCCCCUACGUCUACGUCCCCAGCAAGUCGCUGCUCGGCCGCGCGUGCGGCGUCAGCCGCUCCGUCAUUGCCGCCUCCAUCAACUCCAACGAGGCCAGUGAGCUCGCGGGCCAGAUCAAGGCCCUCCGCGACAAGGUCGAGCGUCUUGCCAUCUAA